UGACUUUUGACCCAUUACGUCAUUUCCGAUUCCUACAGGAAGCGCCACACUGUCCCAAACACGGAAGUUUGACGGGCCGGUCUUUCAAAACAGUAGCAGACCUAUGGGAGUGUGAGAAGCAGGAAUGAAUCGAUCCACCAGUUUUAUGAAGUGGCUUCAUGGCCAGAAGUCCCAGGAGCCAGGAAACUCUUCAUCAAGUACCAGAAACUGGGUUCAUCCCCCAGAUGUACUUCUCAAAGGGCAUGUCACGUACCAAACCAAGUUGCUGGGAUGUACAGAGGUACAGCAGGCCAAAGGAACAGAGGUGGUGAAGGAAGCCAUCAGGAAACAAAAAUUCUCAACCCAUGUGAAGAGAGCAGAAGGGGCCAAGCCCAUUAAAGUUGAGCUCAGUAUCUCAGCUGAUGGACUGGGGAUUUCAGACAUCAAAAACAAGGUUCUUAUGCACAACUUCCCUCUACACCGGAUCUCCUUCUGUGCAGACGACAAAACAGACAAGAGAAUUUUUGCCUUCAUCGCCAAAGACACGGAAAGGAAUGUCCACCUCUGUUUUGUGUUCGACAGCGACAAAUGUGCUGAAGAGAUCACCCUGACCAUCGGGCAGUCGUUUGACCUGGCCUACAAGAGGUUUGUGGAGACCAGCGGGAAGGACCUGGAACUCAGGAAACAGUUCCUCGCAUUGCAGAAAAAGUUGAAGGAAAAGGAGGCAGAAAAUGAACAGCUGAGGAAAAGAAUAAUCCAUUUAGAGGCACAGCUCAGGAAGACCACAGUGACUACUUCUGCUACAACUGCUGUACAUCAGAACAAUAUGGUCCAACUCCCCCCACCACAGCCCGUAUCUAGAACCCCUGUUCCUCUCCCCCCUCCCCAAAACCCCCCUCAGACCCUCCAGUUUAAGCAGACCGACUCCUUCGAUAUGGAGCCCUUCUCCCCAAGCAACGGCACCACAAUGUCACCAACCACAGUCAACGGGGCAGCUUUUGUCUCACCUACAAAACAUGCAUCUUCAGCAGCAAGUCGAGACGUGUUUGGCCAGGAACCUUUUGAUGCCAUCAUUUCGUCUGGAGGGUCGCAGGACUAUGACAAAGCCAUGGGGAAAAUUGACUCACAGUUAGCAGACUUACAGGAAGGAUUUGGGGCCGGCUUGACCAUCAGCAGUGGUCAGUUCUCUCUGGACAUGUUUGAUCCCCUGAGUGACCAGAGUCAAGCCUAGAGAUGGCAUCAGUCUCAUUUUUCUAGCCUCUUCCAGGCUUCAGAAGGGGCUAGAAAGAGUAGAAAUUGGCCAAACAGACAGAUAACAUGACAGGGGAGUGGGU